AUGAAAGCAAUUCGCAUCAAGGCCGCUGGAACGGCUGAAGUCCAAACGGGCGUUCCGGUCCCCAAACUCCGCGACGACUACAUCCUGAUCAAAACGGAGGCGGUUGCGCUCAAUCCCACGGACUGGAAGCACAUUGACUUUCUUGCUGGUCCUGGGGCGAGAGUCGGCUGCGAUUACAGCGGUAUAGUGGAGGAAGUUGGUUCCAAAGUGCAGAAUGGGAUUAAGGUUGGGGAUAGGGUGGCGGGAAUGAUUCAUGGGAGUAAUCCUUCGAAUCAUGAGGACGGGUCGUUUGCAGAAUACGUCGUUGCCAAAGGAGCGCUGCAGAUGCGAAUCCCGGAUACUUUAUCCUUUGAAGAUGCUGCGACCCUUGGAGCCGGCAUCAUAACAAUGGGACAAAGUUUAUAUCAAUCUCUGGGCCUUCCACUCCCGAACAAUCCUUCAAAAGAGAACAUUCCCGUUCUGAUCUACGGAGGAAGUACCGCGACCGGCACGCUGGCUAUCCAAUUCGCAAAGUUGUCUGGUCUCCAAGUCAUCGUCACAUGCUCCCCUCGCAACGAGAAACUCGUCCGCGAUCUAGGCGCAGAUUUUGUAUUCGACUACAAGUCCCCAACAUGCGCAGCGGACAUUCGCUCCGCAACCAACAAUCGUCUCGCUCACGCGUUCGACACGAUUGCAUCGAACGACUCUGCGCAGAUAUGUUGCAGUGCUAUUGGUCCCCAAGGCGGCAGGUAUACGUCUCUUGAACCCAUUGAGAAGCUUCCCCGUGAUGAUGUCACCAAGCUUAAUACCAUGGCUUUCACUGCCGUGGGCGAGGCUUUCGAGAUUGCGGGCUUCCAGGUCCCAGCGAAGGAGGAGGAUUAUACGUUUGCUGUCAUCUUUACGAGAUUGGCGCAGGAUUUACUCGCGCAACAGAAAUUUAAGCCUCAUCCGGUGAGUGUGCAGGAGGGGGGGUUGGAUAGUGUGCUUGAUGGUUUGCAGAGGAUGCGGGAGGGGAGGGUGUCUGGUGUGAAGUUGGUGUAUCCUAUUUAG